GAGAGGCGUGAUGAGUAUGCCCGUUAAGCUCUGCGUCAGUGAACACAGGAAGAGUCAACACCAGUCCUCUAUCUCACCGCUGCAAGUGACACCAUGGCUGUGAGUGAGCCUGAUGCAUACCUUCCUAAAAGGAUUCAUUCAGAAGCCCUGGAGUUGGAGCUCACUUGCCCUAUCUGUCAGCAACUCUACUCUGACCCGGUUUCCCUUCCCUGUGGUCAUAUCUACUGCUUUGCCUGCCUUCACAUCAUGGGAGAAGGCCUUGACCAACACAGCUGUCCUGAAUGCCAGGCAGGAUAUCAGGGAACCACAAGCCUAGUGAAAAGCUUAAAAAUGUGUAACAUGGUAGAGAUCUACAAAGCCAAUGAUGGUAAAACCAGCUCUACUGCAAAGCCCUCUGAUGUUAACACACAAACUGAAUCUGAAUCUGCAGAGCUUCCUAUUUCUUUGGAUCAAGAACACAGCUGUGGCAAAGGUAAAAUGGAAAUGGAACAGCCCAAAUUCAGACUGGCAUCUCAAAUCACAGAGUUGAGCCUAAAGUUGGAGAUGGCAGAGGGUGUUCUGAAGAGAGACGGGGAACGGAAGUUGGAAGUUACCACUGCUAAUGCUCAGCUGAGGGAGAAAGCAUCCAAACUCCUCGAGCAAAUCAAGGAUUCAUCCCAGCGCUACAGCGAGCAGGUGAUGCAAAUGAUUGAAGAAGAGUUAGAUCCAGGUGAGGCUGCUAUAUUCAGUCGGGUCAGUCAAACCUCCGAGCUGACUAAACAGCUGAGGCAGGCUAUGCUCAGAGCAGAGUCCCUGUUGACUGAAGACGAUGAGAGUGAAUUUAAUGAAGAGCUUCGAAACCUUCAACCACACAUUGUGGAGUUGAUGGAGAAACCAGUGGGAGAGGAGGAGGACCAUGUUGAAUCAAAAGUCAACCCAGCUAGAGUCUGUCCCAAACUGGAUAACAUGAAUGUUGAAAUGAGGGAAAGACUUGGAGGGAUUCAGCGCUCUCUGCGAAACACCCUCAACCCCUCAGAGGUCACCUUUGAUCCAGAAACAGCUCAUCCCAACCUGAUUCUCUCCGAGGACAUGAAGACUGUGACGUUCAGCCCGACAAAACAGCCUUACCCAUCCUCUCCUCAAAGGUUCACCAGCUUCUUCCAGGUCCUCAGCACACAGAGCUUCUCAGAAGGAGAUCAUAGUUGGGAGGUAGAGCUCGAAGGCUCCCCGUGGAUCAUUGGCGUGUGCUACAGUGGGAAGCUGGCACGCAGCGGGCUGCCAUCUGCUCUGGAGAGCAGCCGUGACUCUUGGUGUCUGAUGUGGUUCAACAACCUGCUGACGGCCUUUGAGCAAAAACACGCUGUGCCGCUGAAGAGGACCACAGUGUCGUGCAGGCUCGAGAUCAAGCUGAGCUUCAAGACACACAGGCUGAGCUUCUACAACAUCAGCCCCAUCAGCGGGAAGACGCACGUGUACACGUUCAAGGCCAACCUGACUGAACCGGUACACCUGGCAUACAGGAUGCUGUCAGGGCACCCAAAUGCACGUGUCACUGUUUAUUCUUAAUCAAAACUAUGCUUCUGCCAACUGUUGUGAACCUCUUAACAAAUGUGCUGCAUAGAAGCGCAAUCAAAUUCUCUUUAAAAAACAUAUUUGUAUGUGAAGAAUUUUAAGGUCUAGUGUUUAUUGGCAGAAAUUAAAUAAACUAACCAUAAGUAUGUGUAUAUAACUAUAAAACUGCUUUUAAAUUAAAAGCAUUUGGUACAUUUACAUUAGUACAUUGUACAUUAGUACAUUUUGUGCUUUGAAACAGAAGCUUAUUCUCCAAAAGAAGUCUAACAUCAUUCCCCACCAUAGUUGACACUUAGGGAAGGUAGACAUAAGCAGGGGAGUCCUCCAUUACAAUCCAUAGUCUCACUAUUAGAUGUCACUAAUUCUUACACACUGGACCUUAAACAUCUUUAGAUGUGUCAUUAUAGAAGAUAAAGGCACAUUUCCUCCUUCCUCAGGCAACUUUGUUUCAAACUAUUCUGAUUUCACUCCCCUGUAUUUUCAUUCUUUUGUGUGAAAAUGAUAUGUCCAUAAAUAGCGAUGUCAUAGUAAUGCAAUGCAAAAGGGGUGAACAUUGAAAAUUAAAAAAACAAACAAAAAAAACA